UCAGCCCAAUAAGAUAACGACGCCGGUUUAUCUCCUUAAACAAACGGCGUCGCUUUGAACGAUUAAAAAAAAAAAAAAACACUCCCUUCGAGCUCGUCUGCUUCGUUUCAUCUUCUGAUCGCGAAACACUCUUUUUCACUCUCUCAACAAUCUAUCCUCUUAUAAUGAAGAUUUUCCAUCUUUUCCUAAUUUCCUCACUUCUCUUCUCAUUUUCUAAGGCUGAAUCUAAUGGAUCCGUUUUCUUCAUUGAUAGUUCAACUCAUCAAUUCCUUCGCGCACAAUCCACCAACGAUCUCGCUCAGUCGGAGUUAAUGCUAUUACCGGAAGUUGGUGCAGCCGUAUCAGUCUUGCUUGGUGUUGCCCCAACUGUAACGCUUUCAGCUUCUGGUUCAUCUAAGCUGAAUGAGGUUCUCAUUCCUAAUCCAUUUGAUAGACCUCGAGCCGUUUUUAUGUUUGAAGUCGGAGGAAUUGAUGAUCCUCUUGUUGUCGAACCCAAGAAUGCUCUCUUCAGCAAAGCCUUGAAGAAUAGUGUUGAUCUUGGUUCAAGUAAAGCGGACAUAUUGUUUCCAGAUGAGGAGGAGUUAUCCACGAUCUCUUUGGACCACCCACUAGGAGACUACUGUGAAGAAGAGAUCAAUGAAUUUGCAUCUUGGUUGGGUGGAUCAUAUGCUACUGAUGUUACAAAACCCUUGGAUGGAGUAUUGAGUAUUCCCUUGGCAAAUGGUGAUAACAUGAAUCUUCAUAUGUCAAAGAAAGUGCACAGGGAAUUUGCAUCAAAACUGUUUGCUCUGUACCGCAAUAUAAGGAAAGCAAUGGAGAGGCAUGAAGAUUUGUCACAGACUUUGCGUAGACCUGCUGAGUUAAUAAUGGGUUCAUUUGAUGAAAUUAAGCAUGACACUGAUGGUUUUGAUAAACAAGGAAUAAGGCUUCUGCUUGCGACACUUAACAGGAUAUUUGAUUCACUGCAGACAACUUAUGAAGGUCAUAUUGUGGGGGUUAUUCUCUUUAAUGGGGUACCUCAACCAGAAUCCAAAACAUUGAUGAACAUGAUGUACAACUCUCGUCCAUCUGCGCGCUGGUUGGAAGAAACAAAAAGCUCUCUUAAUACCACUCUUGCAGCACAAAUGCUGGUUAGAAGGACCCUUGCUUGGAUAACUGGGGUUGUUCUUCUCAUUGCAACUCUCUUGGGGGUUUACUUCCUUCUCAAUAUGCCACUGACGAGGGACACACUUUUGUACUCGAAUGUCAAGCUAGACUGAAGCUGAUAUAAGGCAAAGUACAAUGAACUUUUGAAUUCUCAGAAGCGGCCUGGUAUGAUUUAUCUUUUAAUGGAGGGAAAUUUUAGGGAUAUCUUAUCAUCUAUAAACCUGUUUCAUUCAUUGGUUAUUCAAUGAUGUUUGAUUGGUUAAACUAGCUACCCAAAAAGCUGCAUCAGUACAAAUUGGGCCAUAUGGGAUACCAUUUGGCUAAGGGAGUGCAAUUGAGAGAGAGAAUGAAGCACUAAGGUUAUGCCUUAUCCAUUUGAUUUUUAGAAUAUUGCACCUUUACGUACUAAGUUGUUAAUGUUAUGUUUUUUUUUUUUUUUUAAAUUCGUUAAUUAUAAUGUACUUUGAAAUUCCAUGUAAUAAAAAUUGCUCAUCAAUAAGGAACAUUGUUGUAUAAUCUAUACAAUUAUAUAUUAAGAGAGUUUCAUUUAAGAAGUUGAGAGAUAUUCAGGGUUAGAAGUAGUCAUUUCAAAGAAAUAAAAAUAAGAUUUGUUAAGGAUUUUUGUUUUUGUAUGUUUAAUAAUAUUUCCUAUUUUUAUUUUUCUACAAA